UAGAAACUUGGCAUCCCAGCGGGGAAAGAUCAAAAAAGGCACAAGAGCAAGACCUGGGACAGCUGGGAAGCACUGACUUGGAGAAUCUCUUGGGUGAGGAAAAAGUGCUGCAAAAACUCACACGGGGCUCUAAUCCUCACCUGGGAAUCAUCCGCUCUGUCAGGACUUCACAACAGAGGCUCUGCUGUGGUCUGAAUAAGAUCCUGAGCAGGGUCAUGGAUUUAGGUAGAUAUGAGGCAAAUUCAAGGACUUUUGUUUCUUACUUUCUACUGGGAAAUGGUUCAAAUAUUCAUAUGAGAUAAAAGCUGGAAAUAUGUUUCCCCUUCCACGCUUGUACCUCAAAAGUGAGCAGUAUGAACCAAUUAAAGCCAUUGUGAAAGACAUUCAUGGAGAAGAGGCUCCAGAAUUAGACUUGGGAAAGAAGGUUAGCACUCCUCAAGACUUGAUGAUGGAGGAAUUGUCCCUGUCCAUAAACAGGGGGUCGAGACUUUAUCAACAAAGACAGAAGAGAGUGCAGCGUUUUGUGCUGGAGAAUCCUGCAGGCUACAAAAUUGACUCCAACAUGGCAGGUGGAGGCUCACACCCAGAAUACAAUGGAAUGGAAACUACCAAAGGAUGGAGGUCUGCUCACUCCACAAAGGGCAAAGAAAACUAUCAGAAUGACAUAAAUUACAUGGAGGGUUCAGGAAAGAGAGGACCUCCCCAAGUACCACAAAAAACAGACAAAGUCUUGCGGAUGAGCAAAUCCCUGAACCCCAGUGCAAUUGCUCCAGGCUAUUCUGGACCACUAAAAGAAGUUCCACCAGAGAAAUUUAACCGAACUGCAAUCCCCAAAGGUUAUCGGUCUCCCUGGCGGGAAUUCUUCUGCAAUGCUGAUUACCAGGUAGAUGUGAAAAACCAUUUGCCCGAGCCCAGAAAAGUGAAUAAUUUGGACAUUAGGAAUUUCAACAGGACUCCUACACCAUUUGGUGGGCCUUUACUGAUUGACGCGUUCCCUGGGUUUGAUGGAUUUGUGCCCCUUGCAGAUGCCAUGAAUGAUGUGAUGCUACUUUCAGAGAGACCCAGCUUCAACAGAACACCUCAAGGAUGGAUACAUGUUAUGCCUGAAUCAGAGGAUCUGUAGAGACUGCCUCGUAGUUGUAUCUCUUAUCCCAAAAUCAAUGCCUGCUUGACGCCCAGUUAUUAACAAAUAAUUGCCAGAAGAGAAAUUUUUUAGCAUAAAAUAGACAAAUCUUCUCACAUCAUGAAAGUAAAAAUAGCAACUUUGGCUUAUUGCUUAUUGUGAAAUGCUCCCGCCUGGUGCCAUUUUGACUACAAACUGUAACAAACCAUGUAGUUCAUAAUAGGAUGAUUGCUUAAAACAUUGAAACAAGGAGUGGAAGUGAUUAUUCAAUCCAAAGAGCAAAAAACACAAAACAUUUUUUUAAAUGAACAUAUAUCUAGGGAUAUGAGAAGAUACAGUAGUAUAAAAGAAUGCAGGACAUAUAAACCAGCCUCUCUCUGAUUGCGUUUACCUGCCUGAUCAGAUCCAGCAGAAAAGGUAAGCCACAGGCCCCUUAUUAGAGUGCCAGCUGGCAAGACCCAGAGCUUUCCUCUCAUGGUGACUUGAGAUUAGAUUUGCCCCAACACUGGUGGCCUUUCAUACAGCUUUCAUGUCCUGGUUAUUCCAUCAGGCAUAAGGGUUGGAAUAUAUGAUGGAGCCUGUAGAAUGGUUCUAAUGAUGACAAUAUAUAUAUAUGUAUGUGUGUGUGUGUGUGUGUGUGUGUGUGUUUUCUGAGGUUUUUACGGGUGUUUGUAUGUAGGUCUUUGGUUAUUCGGGUUUUCUCCUGCGUAAAAUUGGAAGUGUCUUGGCAACGUUUCGACGAAGUCUCAUUCAUCAUCUUCAGGCUUCAGCUUCGUGCUUCUGGGAGCAAUGAGUGAGACUUCGUCGAAACGUCACCAAGACACUUCCAAUUUUACGCGGGAGAAAACCCGAAUAACCAAAUACCUACAUAUAUAUAUACAUAUCUCCCUUGCUAUGGUUUAUAGAUUUAUUGAGGUGUUAAUUUAAUUUUUCUUUUGUGAUCUGCAGAUCCAUUUCAUUAGAUGGGUAGCCAUCUAAAUUGAAAUUAAACUUAAAAUAAAAUAAAGCAGGUUGAAAUCAAGUGAAUUUCAUAUUGUUUUGAAAAAAAAUGAUAGGUCAAAUGUGGAUUUAUGUUUAUGUCUAGUUUGUCUAAUUAAAUACCCAGAUUUUUUUUGAGAGAGAGAUCAAAGCUAGAUGUUAUAAGAGUUGCUAGAAAAAAAAAAUAUUACAACUAUUACAACUUUUUUUUCUUGUCUUGCAACUCAUUUCUCUGAAUUGUCAAUGUUCAACCUCCUUCAGUCUGGAAACUGAAAUUGACAGAGUAAGAACAUGAAUAUUAUAACACUAUAAUUUGAGUUUCAGCUAUGUCAACAGGCCUAAAAAUCAAAAUGCAUGGUGGGAUAGGUUUAUCUUUCCACCAGUCUGGAUUAUGAAGCAGGCGUUGAGGAAUAUAUAUUCAUUUUGGACAGCUGCAAUUAUGCAACUGUAGUCAUUUCUCACCUAGUCUACUGCAACACACUCUGUUGGGGGCUAUCCUUGAAGUCCAUUCAGAAGCUUCAGUUGAUGCAAAGCGGGGAAGCGGAAGCAGUCUUUGGUGCCCCUAAGGAUGACCCAUAUUGCACCUCAGCUCCACAGAUUUCACUGGCUAUCAAUCUGUUUCCAAAUACAGUUCAAGGUGUAAGUUAUGGCCUUUAAAGCCCUUAAUGGCAUAGGUCCAGGCUAUCUGAGGAACUGCCUUGUCCCAUUAGGACAAGCCCAUCCUACCUACUCAUGCCGACAGAGAGGGACUAUUCAGAUCCUGUUGACCAAAGAACUCUUGAUUCUUGAGAUCCAGAACAGCCUUCUCUGGUAAGCAUCUCCCUUUGGAACAUCUUUCUUUUUAAAGUAACAUUCUGCCCCCCCCCCCCCCCCCCGCCAAUCCUUCUGCAAGAGCCUGAAGACCUGGCUCUGCCGGUUGAUCUGGGAACCCAAUGGGGCCCUUCCACAAUGGAGGUGGUGCUGGAUUGAUGGCAGACUCCACCUCCCCUCCCCUUGCUGUCUGCUCUCCAUCACUCCAUCUCUCCAUCCAUCGUUUUGAUUAACAUGAAUCAUGACAUCAGCAAUUAUUGAGGGCCCAAUUGGCAAAAGCAAGUUCAGGACUAUAUUGCUUGGAAACAUGCAGGUCUUCAUCCUGCAGUGGAAGACAACGCCUAAGAUGAUGAUGAUGAUUCUUUUUGUGUCCGUUUAUUUUAUUGUUUUACUUCUGUUUACACUCCUUUCAUUUUCUUCCUUUUUAUUAUUGUAAGCCAGGUUGUGUAGCCCCAUGGCAAGACAGGCAGCAAGUUAAUUUAACAAAUAAAUAAGCUAAAGGCUAGGUCGAAGCAUCACUGAAAAAACCAAUUCGAAAUAUUUUUUUUUUAAAAAAAAUAA